AUGAACACCGGCGAUGGGCCAUUUGGGCCUGUCGUCAAUGGGACUCAAAUAGUCUUUUUCGAAUAUCGCCCAAAUAAGGCAGCUGGUCUGUCCUUCGUUGCCGUGUUCGGUCUCGCGACAGUGGCUCAUCUUGUAUACUUUUUCUGGCUCCGGGCUUGGUUCUUUAUCCCUUUCAUUCUUGGGGGCGUAUCUGAGGUAUUCGGUUACUAUGGUAGAGCGUUGGCCUCUGACGACCCUAUCAAAGUGGGGCCAUUCAUCCUUCAGAACCUACUUCUCUUAACGGCAACACCAUUUCUUGCUGCGACAGUUUAUAUGUCCUUUGGACGUGUAACAAGGGCACUCGAGGCGCAAUCAUACUCUUUCAUUAGUAUCCGAUGGAUGACCAAGAUCUACGUCUUGAUAGAUUUUGGCUGCAUUGCGAGUCAACUCGUGGGCUCCGUAUUACCGGCUUCCGGCAACGCUGACGCUAUCGAAAAAUCCCGAAUCAUUUUAAUAGCUGGUCUCGUCACUCAGCUGGCGGCAUUGUCCCUGUUUAUCAUCACCAUCUGGCAUGUAUACCGACGAAUCCAGCGGCACCUUCCUAUUACUCUAAUCAAAGACCCGUCGGUCUAUUGGCAAAACCAUUUCAGAGCUUUGGCAAUAGUCACAUUGCUUAUGAUCAUCAGGAGUCUUGUACGAUCUAUUGAAUUCCUUCAGGGGCAAGGAGGUUUCGUCAUCUCGCAUGAAGCUUUUAUUUACGUAUUUGAUGCCGCUCCGAUGGCCUUGGUCAUGAUCAUAUUCCUGAUCAUUCACCCCGCUAGACUUGUGCGUGAUGCGCGGCGUUUGAACCGCUCCGACGAUGAUCGUGUCAUGCUUAGUAGUCUAUAG